AUUUAUUAUUUAUUUUCAGAUUUGAAGCCAAGAAACACCACGACGUCUAUCACAAUGGACAGAAAUAUACUACUUGUGAACAUUGUGGACGAGGGUUCAGGGUGCAAUCAACGUUCCUCGUUCACCUUCGCGACGAGCACCCGUCGGAGCUGAUCUGGUGCAACGUUUGUGGAGAUUCAUUCGUUCUGGCCGAAACUUUAGAGAAACACAAGCAGAGACGACAUCGAGACCUCCAUCUGCCGGUGCAAUGCGACCGUUGCGAUGUCCAGUUGGUGGACGAGGCCGCGUUAGACCGCCACUCGCUCGCCGGCGUCUGCACUGGACACACGUGUCUGCACUGCGGCCAAGGGUACAAUGACGCCAUGGCAUUACGGGAUCACAUUAUUAAAACGCAUAGAAAGACGUCUAAUAUGCUAUAUCCAUGCCCUAAGUGCCACAAGGUAUACAAACAAGGCGCCCAGCUACGGGAUCAUCUGAAGUAUGUACAUUUAAAGUUAAACAGGAAAGUGAUAUGUGAAAUCUGCGGGAAGGUCGUGCCAAAUAAAAAUGCAAUGAAGGUGCAUCUUCGAGUGCACACGGGAGAGAGGCCGUACGAGUGUCCAGUCUGUAUGAAAGGUUUCAUCAGCAAGGAUACUAUGAUGAAACAUAGGAAUUACGUGCAUUCUACAGCGCGUCCCUACGUGUGCGAUAGAUGUCCUAAAUCGUUUAAAGGGAAACAUAAUUUGACGCAACACGAACGGGCAGUUCACGACAACGAGACUACUACAGCCAGCCAGACGUUGCUAUCGCUCGGUCUAAUAUUAUAGUAAUUUGAAGAACUCCGGCUCGACCGGAGUUAUACCACAGCCGAGCAGAAAACCAUAGUGAAAC